GUCACAUUCAGCAAUGAGUACCAAAGCCAUCGUUAUUGGAGCGUCUUUCUUCUCCGGAGUCACGAUUAUCGUGUCUCUGGUUGCCGCCGGUAUGCUCCUUCAGGACAUCAAUGACUUGUACUACGAUGUGAUGGAUGACAUGACUGAGUUCAGAAACACCGCCAAUGAAGCCUGGAAGGACAUGAUCGUUCCAUCAGGAGCCGUCGACGCCAGCCUUAUCUUCGGACGUAACAAGAGAUCCGGCGGAACUUGCGGAUGCGGAGCACAGCCAAACAACUGCCCAGCUGGACCAGCCGGACCACCAGGAGCCCCAGGAGCUCCAGGAGAGGACGGAACCCCAGGACAAGCCGGAAAGAACGGAGGAAACGGAAUCGGAAUCGUCAACUCCGCCGACGCCGGAGGUUGCAUCAAGUGCCCAGCCGGAGAGCCAGGACCAGCCGGACCAGACGGACCAGCCGGAGCCCCAGGAGCCGACGGACAGCCAGGAGCCCCAGGAAACGCCGGACAAGACGGAGCCCCAGGAGCCGCUGGUGAGCAAGGAGACGCCGGAGCCGCCGGACAAGACGGAGAAGCCGGAGCACCAGGAGGCCCAGGAAAGAACGGACAACGCGGAUCCGGAGCCCCAGGACCAGCCGGACCAGAAGGACCAGCCGGACCAGCCGGACAAGACGGAGCACCAGGACAAGACGGAGCCCCAGGAAACGCCGGAUCAGAAGGACCAGCCGGAGCCCCAGGAAAGGACGGAGAAGCCGGAGCUCCAGGACAAGACGGAGAGGCCGGAGGCGAGGGAAUUCCAGGCCAAGACGCUGCCUACUGCCCAUGCCCACCACGUACCGCCGCUGUCGAGGCCACCCCAGCUUCCCAGGGAGGAUACAGACGUCGUUUCUCUCACGUCUAAGGAUUUUAACAUUCUCAAAAAUAAACGAUUUUUCAUUCAC